AUGACCCUUUUCUUUGCUCUUAUUGUGCUUGGCCAGAUUUGUGCUGCUGCGCCUAUUCUGGAAAAACGUUCAUUUAGCGGUGAUGGCACUUUCUACACUGUGGGUAUGGGGUCCUGCGGCACCGACGAUAGUAACGAGGACAUGGUGGCUGCAUUGAAUGCACCACAAAUGGGAUCCAGCAGCAACCCGAACAACAACCCCAACUGUGGUCGAAAAGCUCGAGUCAAGGGUCCCAAAGGCUCGGUGACCGUCAAAAUCGUUGACACUUGCCCUCCUUGUAAGAAGGGUGAUCUGGAUCUGAGUCCUGCUGCUUUUGCAAAAAUUGCAGAUAUGAGUGAAGGACGUGUGAGCAUUAGUUGGAACUGGGCGUAG